AUGCUCUCCCUGACGGCGUCAGAAGUCACCACCAAGUCCUCCAGACCCUCUAGGUCCGAAGCCGCUAUACAAUAUGCCCACCAAGCCGAGAGACUCGCGCAGUAUAUCCCUGCCCAGGAGAACGACACGACAGGCUCAACCCAAGCAAUUGAGGCGAAGUUCAUCACGGCGCAAGACCCAGUCAUCGAGAUUGCCAAUGGAGCCCGGCUACCUGCCGUGCCUAUAAAAGAAGCUAUCAAGCUCAACAGGCUAAAAGACAUCCUCGAAGGGCGCAAUCCUUCGCAACACAGCCCCGUCAAGAUCGGAACCCGCGAGGCAAAAGAUGGAACUAUACACGGCGCGCGGCCGAACCUAGGCGACAACGAUGGCGGAACACUGGAUCAGGAGACCAACGGAUCGUUGAGGUCUGCGGUUCCUCCGUACAGGACAAAUCCACUGUUCCCUCAACUGCCGCUGUACGGCCCGCCCACGCCGUUGAAGGAUCUGCAGGUUUUGGCGUUGAGGAUAUCGUCGGCGAUAGGGUCGAUAUGCUUUCUGUUCACCAUAGUCCUCGGCGCGCUCUUCACGAUGGUGCCACUGCAGGUUUGGCAUAGAUUUUGGAUGCGGGUGCGGCUAAAAAACCCUGACUCAGACCGACCCUUCUACCACGAGGAGAAGCGGCGGAGGGGAGCCAGAAGAGAGGAAGAGAGAGCAUGGGUGAGAAAGCAGAAACAGCGCAAGAAGAAGUCUCCGCUCUUCGAAGCCGGAGCUAGCGACGACGUAGAUUCCGAGGAAGAAUUCGUCCCCCUCGAAGGCGGCCCGGACCCGCUCGUCUGCGACGUAGGCUACUACGCUCGCCGCGUCGGUCUCGACUGCGAGAUGUUCUCCGUGCAAACCGAAGACGGCUUCAUCAUCACGCUGUGGCACCUCUACAACCCACGCACCUACACGCCGUCCCCACCCUCCGCCCAUGGCCCACACUCGCCGUCCAUUUUCCCCUCCGACCACACGUCCAACGGCAGCGCCUCCAGCUUCCACUUCUCCCACGGUAGCCGCAAAUACCCCGUCCUCCUCAUCCCCGGCCUCCUCCAAUCCGCCGGCGCCUACUGCACCAACGACGACACCUCUCUCGCCUUCUACCUCGCCAAAUCCGGGCUGGACGUCUGGCUCGGCAACAACCGGUGCGGCUUCUCGGCCCAGCACGCCCAACUCGACCCCUCGGACCCGCGCAUGUGGGCCUGGAACAUCCGCCAGAUGGGCGUCAUGGACCUGCCGGCGCUGAUCUCGCGCGUGCUGUCUGAGACGGGCUUUCCGAAGCUCGCGCUCGUGGCGCACAGCCAGGGGACCACGCAGACGUUCGUCGCGCUCGCCAAGGAGCAGCGGCCGGAUAUUGGAGGCAAGAUAAGCGUGUUCUGCGCGCUGGCGCCUGCGGCGUAUGCGGGCCCGCUGAUUGGGAAGAUGUAUCUCAAGUUUAUGCGGGUGAUUUCGCCCGGGAUGUUUCGGGCCAUCUUCGGGGUGCAUGCGUUUAUACCAUUCAUGCUGAAGAUGCAUGCGUUGCUGCCUGGGAAGUUCUAUGGCAGGAUGGGGUAUCUGGUGUUUAGCUUCUUGUUCAACUGGACGGAUGAGCGGUGGGAGCGCGAUCUGAGGGAUCGCUGCUUUCAGUUUGCGCCGGUGUAUGUCAGUGCCGAGAGUAUGCGGUGGUGGUUGGGGAGGGAGUGCUUUGCGAGGCAGAAGUGUAUUUUGGCGACGAGGGAGGAGGGGAGGAUGGAGGAUGAGGAGGACGAAGAAGAGGACCAGGUCAUUGAACAGUAUUACAGCAAUGCUAGGAUGCAUAGAACGGAAAAGAGGGAGCCGCCGCAUAGAGGAGAGCGAGAUAGCGAGAAGAGUGACGAGAACGAAGAGGAUGAUAGAGGAAGGUUCGCGUGGUACGAUGAGCAGUGCCCGCCAAUGGCAUUUUGGGUAGCCGGCGCGGAUGAUUUGGUCGACGGGAGACGGUUGUUGCGGAGGUUCGAGCGCGGCAGAGAACCGUAUGUGGAUCUUGUCCACGCGAAGAUCAUUGAGGGGUACGAGCAUCUGGAUGUCAUUUGGGCCAUGGAUGCCAUUGAAAAGGUUGGGAAAGAAGUCAAGGAGAUUAUCUGGCGAACUGCGCCCGAGGAAUCUAGGAAGAUAUGUAGGACGCCAAAGGGAUGUGACGAUGUGAAGCCAUUCGAGAGGCGCAAUGGUAGGAUUGUGCUUGACGGAGGGCGUGCUACCCCCGAUAGGAGACAUGCAGUGAAAACAGGUGUAGACGCCACGGCGGGUGAAUGGAACGAGGCAGAGAAGAAGAAGAGGGAUAGCAAGGAGGAGCAGAUGAAGUGA